AUGGUCUACCUGGAAGCGCGGCUGGAUGGGUUGCUCCUAGCAUGCAAUACGCUGUUGGAGGUGUUGCGUAAAAUCGCUGCUGAAGGCGGCCAGCCACCGAACGAUGCGAACGAGCUGAUCGCUCAUGAGCUGGAGAACAUAAAGACCCAGUUGGAGCCCCUCUCGAAUACGGCAUCUUUGGACAACCAGGCGGGUGGGUCACAGCACGCACUAGUAGCUAUCGGGGGUGCAGGCAUCCCGGUCGCGUUGUCGGACUUGGAAAAGAAGGUUAAGCAGCUGGAAGAACGGGUAACUAAUUAUCAGCACGAUACCCACCGCACUAACAACCGUUUUGAUAUGAUGGAAAAUCACUACAAGGUUGCAUAUUAUCAGGCCGGAUUGGCCAGCCAGACCGGUCGCAUCAUUUGGAGCAUUCAUGACUAUUCCAAUCGCUUGGCAGAUGCGAAGGCGUACAAUGUUAUGAUGCGUGGUCCAAUCUUUAGCCAUGCCCAGUAUGGCUAUACUCUGCAGGUAGUGUUGGGCUUGAACGGUGUGGGCCCCUAUCAGGGCCGCAACAUGGCGGCUGGUGUGUUGGUGCUGCCCGGUCCGUACGAUGCCUUGCUGAAUUGGCCGUGUCGCUUUAACGCGACAUUUAUACUACAUGACCAGUGUGCUGAACGCUUAACCGCACAUAACAUCACCAAGUCGUUUGUGGUAAAGCAAAAAAACCAACAGGAUGGAUGCAACCAGUACGUGCAUGUACUGCACGAAACAAUUCGCUGCUUCAAUUAUCUCAAAAAUAAUACUUUGAUGAUCGAAAUGAUUGUGGAACACCAGGCUGACAGCAGCCAGAAGUUGGCAAAUAUUUCCAACCACAACUCGUCUUGUUAG